UUUAUUGGUUGUUACUGCAUCGAGAAAGUUGUUGCCGCUUGAACAUUUUUGUAAAAGACACACAUGGACAUCCGCCCCACCAGACACCCGGUGUUGCUAAAAAACCGUAUGAAGAUCAUAUUGAUGUGGCUUAAUGGCCAUACGGCGCGAGAUAUUUCCACAGAAUCCGGGGCAAGUGUGUCCACCGUGUACCGCUGGAUCCGGCGGUGGCAGGAGGAAGGUACACUGCAGAGGAGAUCUCACUGUGGAAGGACUCGCCCACUUUUAUGGUCAGAUGAAGUCACUUGGGUAUCACAUAACGGUUUUGGCUGUCACGGCAAUGACCGCUGCAUCUGUAAAUAGUGAGAAUGUGGGUGAACCAAUGGAGCAGGUGGGCGUGGAUGUGGGCGUGAUGGUGAGUCAGGUGGUGGAGCACCAUCUCACCGGCUGUCACCUGGUGCUCAUCACCACUACACAACACUCACACGUAUUCUCCAGUACCUCCAGACAUAUACGUAGUACUGUGGAGGCUGGCGUGGUAGUGGAGGCAGGGUGGGUGUUGUCCCAGGACCAGCAGACCCAGGACCACCUCCUGCAGGGGCUGUGGGGAGACACCAGAACUACCUGCCGGGGACUCAUCCUUGACCUCACUGCCAACGACAGUGCAGCCUUUCCAUUGAGGUUUCUUGAGUCUGCUAUGUUGUGGAAGUUGUCAGAGACGCGGGUGGUGGUGGUUGGUGGGAGGGCUGAAGUGAAGCACGUCCUCCUCCACCAUACUUUACGCAACACCGUCCACGCCUUCUACGUAGCUCUUCCUGACCUUACCCUCCAUACCCCACCACGUAACAGUAGCUCACGCCUCAGGAAGGACCUCCCACAAAAAGCAUCAGUGAGUGAGCGUGUGUGGGUGUACCGGCGGUGUCUGUACUGUAACAACGGGGAGGCGGACGUCCAACUUAUCUUAGAGCCGAAUAUCACAUCAAGUCUCUUCCACAAUCAGUUCCAGAACUUCAGAGGCCACAGGAUGCGGAUCGUAUCAGUGCCACACUUCCCUUACAUGGACUACGAGAGGAAGAUCAAUAUGCGGGGAGGCAUAGUCAAACCCAGAGACUCGCUCGAUACCAGGCUAAUAACAAGUUUCUCUGCAGCUCUCAACUUUACAUAUGAUAUAUAUGCUGAGCCUGACCGAUCUUUUGGUGACGAGAGGGAUGGUAACUUUACUGGGAUGAUCGGUCAACUCCAACGGGAAGAAUCUGACUUUUGCACUAUCAUGGCGGCAACAAGAGGACGUCUGAAGGUGGUCGAGUUUUUUCGAGCUUACCCAUCAGAUCUUAUGGUUGUGACGUCCCUGAAGCCUUCACUACUGCCUGCACACCUCUCGUUUAUAAGACCCUUUGCAGAUGUCAUCUGGUUUGCAUUACUGGCGAGCGUAGUUACAUGGGGCGGCCUUAUGUGGUUAUUACAGAGAGCGAGUUCACGGGUAGUGGGAGGUCGUGCUGUAAGGUUCAAUACCAUUUUACUGUAUGGCUGGGGGGCGCUGUUGGAGCAGCCGCCAAGUGACCCUUCCGUCAGCGUCUCAGGCCAGGUAUUGGUUGGGUGGUGGCUGGUGUUCUGCUUGAUUAUCGCUACAGGGUUCCGGUCCUCACUCAUAGCUCAUCUGACAGUCCAGGGAAAAUCACCAACCCCAGAGAGCUUCCAGGACCUGGUGGACCGGAAAAACUGGAGAUGGGCAACGGAGCCUUGGCUAUACAAGGGGGCAGCAUAUGAAUAUUUCGCAAAGCAUACAGACGCUGUGGUGAACCAGAUAUUUAAAGGAAUGGAAGUGCUGGUAGCGGAAGAAGCGCUGCAGCAGGUGUUAGAAGGCGGGUUUUCCUUGAUAGACUUUCAGAACUAUAUCAGUGUCGUCGUCGCCUCCCGCUACACCGACAGUCUAGGCAACACGCCCUUCUACAUCAGCAGUAAUGGCAUCUCCGUCUUAGGUUCUUCUGGUUGGAGUUUUAGGAAAGGUGCACCGUUCUAUGGACGCUUUCUCCAGCUAAAAUCCAAAUUGGAAGACGCAGGUAUUAUCAAUUACUGGACAGGAAAAAUUAUAGAGAAGAGAGUGAAAGAAAACAGGGAGGCUGCAGCAAUGGAUGAGAAGGCAACCCAAGCGAGCCUGGGUGAGGAUGACGAAACACAGGAGGUGCUGGGACUACGACACUUACAAGGCGCCUUCUACGUGAUGUUUCUUGGUUCUAGCUUCGCCUUCCUCACCUUUAUGGGGGAGAUAUUCAUCUACUCCCAUCCCACGCUUCAGUAAUGCAACUCCUAUUAUCAUCAGAUGUCAGGCCAAGAAAAUAUGCGGAUGAAGACUUAGAUGUGGAACAAAUGACGUUGAGUGUUGUUUAAAUGCGAUAAGUUGUAGUUUUUCGGCAUUAAUAUUAUGAAUUACAAA